AUGCAUAGUUUUAUAAGUUACCUGAUCCUUUCUUUGGUUGCUUUCUGGUUGCCAUGUUUUCUUCUGCAAGCAGCCGUAGCCACCGGAAGCUUAAUUAAGCCACCAGAAUUACUCAGAAACGAAACGGGGAUCACUGGAAUUGGUGUCAUUCUUGGCCAGACUUCUAGACCUGGUAAAGAGACCAAAGUGUCGAUUGAAAUAGCAAUUCAAGAUUUCAACAUAAAAGCCAAUUGGUCAUCGGUGUUAUAUUUUCAAAACUCUCUAAACAAGCCUUCUCGCACAGCUUUUGCAGUGAAAGAACUUAUUAACGAUAAUGGUGUGAAAGCUAUUCUGGGGGGUCAUACAUGCGAAGAAGCAUCUGCCAUUGCCGAGGUUAUUAGCGAAGUGGACGAUGAUAUCCCACUAUUUCUUUCGCUAGCUGAUAUGACUCCGCCACAGGCAACAGAUCAAUGGCCGUUUCUUGUUCAAACUGUUCCUUCCAAAUCCAUACAGAUGAAUGCAGUGGCUGCCGUUUUACAGUCAUGGGGUAUUCAUCAAGUUACGCUCAUAUAUGAAACCUCGCAUCUUGCUUACCCAUCAUCAUCAAUCAUCUCUCAUCUCUCUCAGGCAUUUCAACAAACAGGUUGCGAGUUAACCCUUAUCUUACCACUCUCAUCUGGUCCACGUUUCUUAAACAAAGAGGUUGAGGUACUCAAGAGACAAAAAAGUCGUGUCUUUAUAAUUCACACAUCUCUUGAACUUGGGAUUCGGCUCUUUCAGACGGCCAAGAAGAUGGAAAUGACUGGAAAUGAGUAUCUAUGGAUAGCGACUAAUGAAAUCACAGAUCUUUUUCAUUCCAUUAAUUCCAAUGUGAUUUCUUCAUUAAAAGGCAUGGUUGGAGUCAAAAGCUACUUCCCGGAAAACACCCCAGAAUUUCUAGAUUUCAGAAAAAGAUUCCGUCAAAAGUUCAGUUCCGAUUACCCAGAAGAAGAGCAGGACGAACCUGGAAUCUUUGCCGUGCAAGGAUAUAACGCCGUGAAAUUGUUAGGAGAAGACUCGCCUGAAAUAUUCCAUCACUGGAAAGCAAUUCCGGCCACCACAGUGGAGAUUGUUAGCGUGAAUGGAAAGGGAUACCUAAGUGUGUACUGGACCGAAGGAUUAGGAUUUUCGGAGACCAUUGAUGGCAUCCAUCGAGCAACAACUUACACCCAUUCUAUGGAUGAGGUGGAACAAGCUCUAUGGCCGGUGCAACCAUUGUAUGCUCAUAGACGCCACCGGAAUCUCGCCGAAAGCUCGAAGAAUCUGAUGACGGUCGGCGUUCCUGAGCAUUCUCUGUUUAACCAAUUCGUGAAAGUGGAAUUUAAUCAUGAGAAGAAAGAGUAUGAGUUCAGUGGAUUCGUAAUCGCUGUGUUUGAAGAAAUGAUGAGAAAAAUGAAUCAACCAUUUAAGUAUCAACGCUUCAAUGGUUCAUAUGAUGAUUUGAUUAAAGAAAUACCUAAAGAGACGUUUGAUGCAGUAGCCGGUGACGUAACGAUCUUGUCGGAAAGACACAAGUCCGCGGACUUCACCCAACCGUUCACCGAGUCGGGUUUGCAGAUGAUCGUACCCGUAAGAUACCGAAUCUCAAACCAGGCAUGGUUAUUCUUGAAGCCUUUCACUGCAGAAAUGUGGUGGUUAAGUGCAGCAAUCACCAUUUACAAUGGCUUCAUCAUCUGGUUGAUAGAGAGGAAACAUUCUGAAGAUCUUCGAGGCUCCAUCAUAACCCAAAUUGGAAUCGUCUUUUGGCUUGCAUUUACGACACUCUUCACUUUGCGCGGCGAUAGGCUGCAUAGCAAUUUAUCGAGGAUGGCAGUAGUCAUGUGGCUCUUCGUGGCACUAAUCAUCACUCAGAGCUACACGGCUAACUUGUCGAGCAUGCUCACGGCUCAGAGGCUUGAACCAGUGAUAACCAGCGUUGAGAAGCUCAGAAACAUGGACGCAACAGUGGGAUACUGCAAUGGAUUGUUUAUAGGCGCCUACCUAAGGGAUGUUCUAGAUUUUAAGAACAUCAGUGUCAAGAGUUAUAACUCAACCCAUCAAUACGCUGAGGCCCUGAACAGUGGUGAAAUCAAAGCUAUCUUUCUUGACGUUCCUUCAACUAAAGUUUUUCUAGCUCAGUAUUGCAAACGCUUCAUCAGAACCGGAGAGACCUUCAAAGUGGGAGGUUUCGGAUUCGCAUUUCGUAAGGGGUUUAAUCUUUCAGACGCAAACGCAGCACUAAUGGAAAUGACAGAAAGUAGAAAACUUAAAGAACUCGAAGACACCUUUCUGAUCUCUGAAAAGUGUGUGGAUGAAGAAUCUUCGCUGGAUAAAGACACCAGGCUUAGCCCUCGUAGCUUUUGGGUACUAUUUGAGUUAACCGGAGGGACAUCAACGGUUGCUCUAGCCAUCUACAUCAUUAUCAAUAUCAGAGAAUUUAAAAAAUCUACUGAGGAACACACAAGUUUCAUCAAAAUCAUAUCAGCAUUUAUCAAAUAUUGGCAACAACUAACGAGAAGAUCAAGCAAAGUUGUCAAUGUAGAGAGUGAUAGAUACAUGCGAAACGUCGAUCAACGGACUCAAGAUGACACGGAUGGUUUAGAAUUAGUCGAAUUCCCUAACCGUAUAUAUUAUCAGGUUAGGAUCUAGUUGCAGAUAUGAUAAUAGGUUUAUUGUUGAUUUUUGGCAAGUAAACUUCAGAAUAUACAAUAUGUCUUCUGUAAAGCAACUUCUGCACAUAGAUAUUUAAUGAACUUCAAUGUACUU